CACACACACAAACACACAAAUGACUUAGUAUAUAGAUAUAUAGAUACCAGGUCAAAUAAAUGGAUAAAUACAGCGAAGAGAAAGAAAUUGAAAUAUUAAAAGAAUUAACAAAUGAAUCACUUAAUCAAGAAAUUAAAUAACAUCAUCACAACGCCAGGCAACAAAGAUCACGUGAUGCUCAGAAAAUAUACACAAAGAGGAUUUUUUCUUUACAUAUUCUUGCAAAAGGAGAAUUCAAGGGUAAAGGAUGGAUAAACAAAGAAGGAGGAGGAGGAGGAGCAGGAGGAGGAUACCUACGUCAUGAUCUCAUUCAUUGCAAAUAACAAAUGUCUAAGGCUCUACGUCAUGGGAAACCCCCACACCACCAUGACUCAAGGGAAGGGGAGCGGCGGCCCCUGUGCCCCCUGCCUAAAUCGGUGCGACCAUCCUCAGACACCUUACUUACCUGCUCAGAAGUGUGCCAUCAAUGUGGAGCUUGUUGGAGAUGACUAUCGGGAGCUGAGAGGAGAGAUCGCAGGGCCACCUGACACACCAUACGAGGGCGCCACUUUUCAACUUGAAAUUAAAGUUCCUGAAACCUAUCCAUUCAACCCCCCAAAGGUUAAAUUUGUUACAAAAAUCUGGCACCCAAACAUCUCAUCAGUCACAGGUGCCAUUUGCUUGGACAUCCUCAAAGAUCAGUGGGCAGCAGCCAUGACCCUGCGGACGGUGUUGCUAUCCCUCCAGGCUCUGCUGGCUGCUGCUGAGCCAGAUGACCCACAGGAUGCCGUUGUUGCCAAACAGUUCAAAGAAAACCAUGCACUUUUUCUACAAACUGCUCAGUAUUGGUCUCAUGUACAUGCAGGAGUUCCGAAGGGCAAUAGUGAAUUUUCUAAGAAAGUUCGUCGCCUGAUGGAUAUGGGAGUCGGAGAGCAUCAAGCUUUGGUGGCUUUGUCUUCAUGUAAUUGGGACAUGGACCGAGCCAUUGAACAACUUUUUUCCUAGACAGAUGGGGAGGGAAGUGAUUCAUUAGACACUUUAGGGAAGGGGACUUACAAGAAAUGAACUGCAUCAGAUCAGUAUUCACCAGACAAAAAAGAUAAUCUAAAGGUGUCAUAAGUCAAGAUAAUUUGAAGGUGAAAACAGUAAUGGAACAAAUAUGGGAGAAAUGUCUGCAAGAUAUGGGCAACCAAGGUAGGAUAAAAUGGAAAAGUUACAGUUUAAAGUUGACAUUCAAGUUGGAUAUGGCUGGAUUAUUAUUAACAUGAUGUGCUUAAGUUUCUGAGAGAUGAGAGAUUCCAGUACAAAAAUUGUAUUGGUGUUGCAAAGCUAUGGACACAAAUAAUUUUCAAGUUGGAGAAUGAAACCAGAGAGGAAACAAACUUAUGUUACCAUAAAACUGAUGGAAUGUCAUGCAG